UCUCCAAGUGGAAGAGCUAGUGACAGCCCGGUCUGCUUUGGGAACAGUAGUCGGCGUGCUGAGCCAGGAGCUAACCAGUAGUGUCUCUCUCUCUCUCUCUCUCUCUCUCUCUCUCUCUCUCUGUGAGACCUGGGACACCGAGGCGAAGGAGAGAGCUCAUUCCACAACACGGCAGUCCUCCAUGGCUCUGUGCAACGGAGACAGCAAGCUGGAGGUCAGCGCAGAGCAGAAUGGGUCUUGCGAGGGGGCAGUGGCUAUCCUGGAUGCGGGGGCCCAAUAUGGCAAGGUGAUUGACAGACGGGUAAGAGAGCUGUGUGUGCGCUCUGAGAUCCUGCCCUUAGAGACUCCAGCUUUUGCUAUCAGAGAACAGGGAUACAGGGCAAUCAUCAUCUCAGGAGGUCCAGCCUCUGUAUAUGCAGAAGAUGCCCCCUGGUUUGACCCUGCCAUAUUCACCAUUGGAAAGCCUGUUUUAGGAAUUUGUUAUGGAAUGCAGAUGAUGAAUAAAGUUUUCGGAGGCACAGUACACAGAAAAAGUGUAAGGGAAGAUGGAGUGUUCAAUAUUGGACUGGAUAACACAUGUUCUCUCUACAGAGGCCUUCAGAAGGAGGAAAUGGUCCUCCUGACUCAUGGAGAUAGUGUGGAUAAAGUGGCUGAUGGCUUUAAAGUGGUGGCCCAAUCAGGGAACAUAAUUGCCGGUAUUGCCAAUGAACAGAAGAAACUGUAUGGGACACAGUUUCAUCCCGAAGUAGACUUGACAGAGAGAGGCAUGGACAUGCUGCGUAACUUCCUAUUUGAGAUUGCAGGAUGCACAAGUAACUUCACUGUACAGAACCGCCAACAGGACUGCAUCACUGAGAUCCGAGAAAAAGUAGACAAGUCUAAAGUGCUGGUGCUUCUCAGUGGUGGAGUUGACUCGACUGUGUGCACAGCCCUCCUCAACAAAGCCCUGAACCAGGACCAGGUGAUAGCUGUUCACAUUGACAAUGGUUUCAUGAGGAAGAGAGAGAGUCAGAGUGUGGAGGAGGCCCUCACGAAGCUUGGCAUCAAACUCAAAGUGGUAAAUGCUGCACAUACUUUCUACAAUGGAACAACCACCCUUCCCAUCUCGGAGGAGGACAGGACACCACGGAAGCGCAUCAGCAAGACUUUGAACAUGACCACCAACCCUGAGGAGAAAAGGAAAAUCAUUGGUGAUACAUUUGUGAAAGUGGCAAAUGAAGUCAUAGGAGAGAUGAAUCUGAAGCCAGAUGAGGUCUUACUGGCCCAGGGUACUUUAAGGCCUGACCUCAUUGAGAGCGCCUCUCAUCUGGCCAGUGGCAAGGCAGAGGUCAUUAAAACACACCACAAUGAUACCGAGCUAAUCCGUAAGCUCAGAGAUGAGGGAAAAGUAAUUGAACCACUGAAAGAUUUCCAUAAAGAUGAGGUUAGAGCUUUGGGAAGAGAGUUGGGCCUGCCAGAGGAGAUCGUCUCCCGACACCCAUUCCCUGGUCCUGGUUUGUCCAUCAGAGUGAUUUGUGCCGAGGAACCCUACAUCUGCAAGGACUUUGCUGAAACAAACAACAUCCUCAAAAUCAUCACAGACUUCUCUGCAAGUGUCAAAAAGCCCCAUGCCUUGCUGCAGAGAGUCAAGUCGUGCAUAUCAGAUGAGGAGGAGGAGAAACUCAUGCAGAUCACCAGCCUUCAUUCACUCAAUGCCUUCCUGCUGCCCAUCAAAACUGUUGGUGUCCAGGGUGAUUGCCGGUCCUACAGUUACGUAUGUGGCGUCACAAGUAAAGAAUCUCCACACUGGGAGUCACUCUUGUUCCUGGCCAGACUCAUCCCUCGCAUGUGCCAUAGCAUCAAUAGAGUUGUGUAUAUUUUUGGGUCCCAUGUGAAGGAGCCACCAACAGACAUUACGCCCACCUUCCUGACCACAGGCGUUUUGAGCACGCUCAGACAGGCUGACUUUGUAGCUCACUCUAUCCUCAGAGAGUCUGGCUACUCUGGUAAGAUCAGCCAGAUGCCAGUCAUCCUGACCCCCCUGCACUUUGACCGUGACCCACUGCAAAAGCAACCAUCCUGUCGGCGUUCCGUGGUGGUCCGCACCUUUAUCACCAGCGACUUCAUGACAGGCAUCCCUGCCAUGCCGGGCAACCACAUCCCAGAGGAGGUGGUGCUGAAGAUGGUAAAUGAAAUCAAAAAGAUCCCAGGCAUCUCCAGAGUCAUGUAUGAUCUGACCUCCAAACCACCCGGCACCACAGAGUGGGAAUAAAACAUCACACACGUCACAUCGAUUGGACACACUCAUACACUCACACACAAACAAUGCACAAACACACCCAGCAGAUAUCAGAGAGGGCUCUUCUCCUUCUCUUCUGUCCCCCCCUUCCCCUCCCCCCACCCCUCUCUUCAACAUUCCCAUGGAAGGCAGACCGUACUGUGACAGGCGCUCAUGCAAAGACGCUACUACUCUGCUCUCCCACCACCUCUCCCUGGUCUUAAUAUUUUUGGCGAUAGGGAUUAAUGUUGGUUAUUGAUAACUAUUGAUAUAUUGUCAGUUUUUCAUGUACAAUGAAUUUCCUCUCUGAUUAAAUUUGCUGCUUCCUUCUAUGAGGUCACCCACUAAAGGCAAGUGGCCAAAUGCUGUGAAAGUUCAGAAAGUGGACUUUGAUGUCGUGCCUCAGGUUGCAUUAAGUGAUGGUUAAAAUACGAAAGCAAACAUAUAGUCAUAAAAAGGAAGAACAGCAGAAGGAUGGUUUGAAUAUCUGGUUUUCUGCCUUUUUUUUUUUGUCUGUUGUUUUUGUUUUAAUGUUGUAGGUCAGAAUGUUCUCAGCCGAAGACUAUCCUCUGUAUUUGUUCAUUUUCACUCUGCCUGUAUACUGUGCUACGAAGAAGGUUGUCUGUCCAAAGUAAAACUGAACAGAGAACCAAUGUGACCAAUCAACAAUUUUUAAGCUUAUCGUUUUGCCAAAAGUAGAAUAUGCUGUGUUGGUGUAACAUUCUGGGCUCCUCCGACGAUCCUCCCCAAGUUCCAUUUGUCACAUCGAGGUGUUGACUGCGUUGCUAUAUCCAAUCGACAACAGUCAACUCAUGCGUAGUUUCAGUUAUGACUGGUGUGCAGCUGCACAGGAGGCCAAUAUAAUGGGUAACCUUUGUAUGUGCCUGUUCUGGUGUAUUGUUUUGGGGUUUUUUUCCUUUUUCUUUGGUUUGACCCAAUCUAGACUGAUGUUUCCAGAAGGAGGAUAUAACACUGUUUCUCCUCAUGCUGCAAUAUGUAUGCUUUUUAUGAAGAAUAAACUUGGCAAGAGGACUAAUAACAAAAUUAUAAGUACAUUAAAGUUUAUAACCACAUUGUGUAAAUGGCUGUAGUCUUCAUCGUUUGGCUGCUCUUUAUUGUGCAGAGGCACUUAUUUUUUUGCACACGGUUUUCUGUUCUCACCCCUAAAGCCUCAGUGCUUCAUCGCCCUAACAGAAUCGUACAUUCAGUGCAACCUCAACCCUAAGUGUUAUGCGCUGUAGUGUCAGAGGUCAGGUUAUAGUACUGUUUGUUGCCAUCUCCAAGUUCACUGUGUCUCUGAGGCAUUUAUCUCUAUUUUUGUGUCCCGCACUGUUAAACGCGCAACAUGUUAUCACCCUCAGUCACCAGUCUCGUCAUUUAGACCUCUGUGAAAUCAGUGCUCAGGUUUAACUGAGAUUUAAGAAGUGUAUCGUAAACUGUUAGAGACAUUUCACUCGAACAUGGUGGUUCUCAUGCCUCCAGAAUUAGUCUUUGUGCCUCUCAUCCUCCGUUAUAUCCUUCCCUUUAGUGGCAAAAUACUCCUAAUGCAAAAUGAAUGGUUUCCUAACUUGUCUUAACUGCUACGGUUAUUAGUGUUUCUCCCUCUGUUCUGCCUUUUUAAAUGUGUGUAUUUUGUUACAGAUGUCUCCAUAGAAAACAACAGCUUGAUAAUGACAGACAUAUAAUUUUGUAGUUGGAUUUAACUGCAAUAUUGAUAAGAUUAAGUUAUGCAAUUUUCUGUCUUUUUUUGUUUUUUUUUUUCAACAAUGCUCAUUAUCCUUAGUAACGUGCCUCAAACCAAGCCACUGCAUGCAGUUUCAACUACAAUGACAUUUGUACAAUGGAAAACUGAGCUUUAAUAAAAGUCUCCAUGUUGAAAC